CAUUUUUAAAAAAGGGUUAACCAAGAACAAUAGUGUUUUGAAAACAACGGAACGAUAGGAGUGGUGCACAUUUUUAUACCGUAUAUUAUCGCUUCAAGAUUAUACACCACUUUGAGUUAUUAAAAAAACCAAAACGAGAUAAAGUAAAACAACUUCAUGCAACUUUUCUCUUAAAUAAAAUGAUUUCAAAUGAAAUAAUAAGUAUAAUUAUUGAGAGAGGCAAAGCAUCCAUAAAAAAUCGUAAUCGAUUAAUAAGACAAUUAUUUUUUACACUAUUGGUUGCUGUUUUCUGCACCUGGAUCCUUUUUCAAAUUGAUCAAAAAGCUGCUUUUACGUGGAUAUAUACAACUCCACAUUUUAAUCAAGAUGGAAGUAGUUCAGGCUUCCUUGUAAACACAAAAGGAUGCCGAAUUCAUGAUCUGGACCCUUUCGAUCCUUCAAUCAAAUCUUACUUUUUUGAUGAAGAUUUAAAUUGUGACAAACACAAUCAAAAACAACUGGUCAGAGCAACGACUACUGAUUUAUAUGUAGACAAAGAAAGAAUAGAUUUUUACCUAAAUGCCUCAACAGAUGUUCUCCAUUGUUGUUACCAACCAUUUUGGAGGGUCGAAGUCAAACCGACAGAAAAGUCACAACAUUUUGACAACACCUAUGAGUUUUCUGAUGAAUGUUUCCGGUUUUUUGAACCACUUGAAAUCUCCCACGAGUUUGUCAAAGUCAGUUGUACUGCAGGAAAUAAAACAAUAUAUAAAGACUAUUUUGCCUUCGUACAAAGAAAGAAAAACAAAAGCAUCAAUCCAAAUGAUCGAUCUAAAGUGAAUGUUCUAACAAUUGGCUUGGAUGCAAUCUCAAGGCUUAAUUUAUAUAGACAGAUGCCUAAAACGCUGCACCUGUUAGAAGAAAUGGGUGCUGUUGAAAUGCUAGGCUAUAACAAAGUAGAAGAUAACACUUUCCCAAAUUUAGUUCCUGCUUUAACUGGUUUAAGUGUUAAAGAACUUACGAAAGAAUGUUGGUUCAAUGCUUCAAUGGAGUUCGAUAAUUGUCCAUUUGUUUGGGACCAAUAUUCCAGCAUAGGCUACCAAACAGGAUUUGGAGAGGAUUCGAGCACCAUAGGGCUUUUCAAUUAUUUAAAAGUGGGCUUUAGAAAACAACCCACUGAUUUUUAUCUUAGAAUAUUUAAUCUAGUCUCAGAACAUGAUAUUGGCAAUGAACAUUGGCUCAACACAGAUAUUUGUCUGGGUAACCGUUUGACAAUUGAAUCGUUGUUAGACUCAGCUAAAAGUUUUGCUUUUAACUUAAAAGAUAUUUUAUCAUUUGGUUUUUUCUGGUCGAACAGCAUAUCUCAUGAUUACCUUAACCUUCCUAAACAUGGUGACGAUAUUCAUUAUAAUUUCAUAAAACAAUUGCAACACAAUGGAAUUUUAGAUAAAACCGUUGUAAUUUUUAUGAGUGAUCAUGGAAUAAGAUGGGGAGAUUUCAGAAGCACAUACCAUGGAUAUGUCGAGGAGAGGUUGCCUUACUUAUUUAUACUUUUACCAAAGUGGUUUAACAACGAAUUUCCUCAUGCUGUGUCAAACAUCAGGAGGAACAGGAGAAGGCUUACAUCGCCAUACGAUCUGCAUAAAACAUAUCAGCACUUAUUGGAUUUAAAAACACUUACCCCAGAAGCUUUGAAAAACAUGGCAAGAAUUUCUGGAACCAAAAUACGAGGUACAAGUCUGUUUUUACCAAUAAGCGAAGAAAGGACGUGCAGUGACGCUGGAAUCCCUUAUAACUGGUGUACUUGUCAUCAAUCGACUCCGGAAGAUGUUACCAAUCCAAAAGUGAUCGAAUCAGUAACACAUUUAAUGAUUUAUUUAAAUAAUUUCUUGUCAGGAUACAGACAAUGCUCAAAGUUAACUGUAAAUUCUAUAAUAAGAGCCAGGUCAGAAAGAGUCGCAAAUAAUGAAAAUCGUACAAAACAUAUAGCAGUGACGGACUACACAGUGAUUAUUGAAACUAAACCAGGUGGAGGUCUUUUUCAAGCAACAGUCAGAUUUUUCCAGCAAAAUGGACAAUUUAAUGUACUUACGCCAGUUAGUAGGAUAAACACAUAUGGUAAUCAAAGCAACUGCAUUAGUAAUUACCAAUUAAAACUAUACUGUUACUGCUUAAAUUUAUGGUAGAAAAUUUUGUAAAUAAUAUAUUUUUGCAUUAAAAUAUAUAAAAAACUUAUUGUUAAUAAAAACAA